GGUAUUUCGGUUCCGCCAAUGAAACAAGCGCAUGUUCAAAUUGCGGAACGAUGAUGGAACCUACCAAGCGCGCACGAACGACGGCGGCGUCGCCCAGCGGGGAUCAUGUCACGCGUACCACUUCGUGGAGCUCCAACAUGCCUACAGCGUGCGAACUGAGAUCGUUUGGACUCGAAGGCAAGGCGGAAGCGCUGGCGACGGCACGACACACAUGGUUUGCCGACAUGACCAAGUGGCGCGAACAAGCCUUCAAACACAUCGAGGCGCAUGAAUCAAGGGGACACAUGCAGCAAAAGCAAAAGAACUUUCGACGGCAGAUGCUCCACCUGUCCAAGUAAUGCACGAACUUGAAUGCUCUGUCAUUGCGAAGGCCUCCUCUCAGUACUUAUCGUCAGAUCCUCGACCUUGGAUAAUGAUAGGUCGAAACAUCAGUGCC